AUGAUUGUGACAGCUGUCCCUGAUGCUACCAAAUGGGAAAUCCGGAGAGAUGGAAACAUAAGAAAUCCCAAAUCGGGGCUAGUUUUAACGGCAAGUAGAUAUAGCUCAACCAUGAUUAAUCUGGUUGUAGAUCGCAAUAUUUAUAGUUCUACACAAGCUUGGUUUGUCAGCAAUAACACGAAACCAACAGUGACCACCAUUGUUGGUUACAAUGGUUUGUGCUUGCUGGCAAGUAGAAGUCGAGUGUGGUUAGAGAAGUGCGUGAAAAACGACGAUGAACAACUUUGGGCUAUAUAUCCAGAUGGGACCAUCAGGCCUAAAAAGAACCGAAACGGGUGUCUCAAGUGUGCAUAUCCAGGAGGGUACUCAGUCACCGUAGGAACUUGCGAAGGAUGGGUAGAGGAACGAUGGCAAUUUCAAAGCGAUGGCACGGUUCUGCAUGUGGUGAAUGAGCAGGUGAUGGAUGUGAAAGAUACUAGCGCCUCUCUUCCUGAGAUUACGGUCAAUGACUACGACUCUCAGCGCCUUAGCCAAAUUUGGUUUCAAGUGCAACCAUGA